AUGUAUUUGUUUGUUUCGACUGACAUUAAAUCCGAAGUCAUUCAACAAAAAAAAAUCGUGAACACAAGAUGGUAAUUUAUCAGACUAAAUCACUGGAAAGGAACAGUAGACUUUCAGUAGCAAUGGUGAAAAAUCGGGCUGAAGACAACAAUCUAAACAUCGAAUUAGGGCACUUAGACAAAGAGAAAUUAACGGCAAUGCGAAUGCUGCAAAACGACAAGCAAUGCUUUAAAGUAAAGUAUUCAAAAAGCAGCAUUUCAGCGGAUAGCGCCAAUGCUUACACCUCGGACGAAAUUUUGAGUAAGUAUUUUGUGCCCUCCAUUGAUAUGAACGAGAGUUUUACAUCGGUUGGUGAUACGAGUAGGACAACAUCGAAUGUAGAUUUUCAGAAAAUUCACAAUAUGCUGUUCACUAACGAGGAAAUUGACAAAGAAAAAAUCCUGUGCCUGCACUUGAUUUCGGCGCAUCGAACCGAAAGCUUGAACCCGCCCAAACGAAAACUGGCCUACAUGUGCAAAGUGCAUUCGCCACUGGAACGUUUGCUGGAAAGAUCCAAAAGGAAGCAUAUCCAUCAGGAGCAAAGAAUGGCCAACAUGUUACCAAUCUAUACUAUCGAAACGACAGAGUUUGGCAAUAAAACUGAAAGCAAAAACUUAAUAAACGACGGUCGGUUAGCUACCAGAAUCCUACUAAACGAAAGAGUUCGGGAACUGAUAAACACCGUGCUCAAUGCACUGCGACAAUCAAAUCCCGAUAAAAAUUACGAAAUUUUUGAAAUGGCCAGCGAUGUUUCCUGCUUGAAGAAGCUCCUUACUCGGAAAAAAAUCUUGGAUUUUCUGGACGAGUUGAUGAACUGUCCUUUGAUAAACAGUUGCGAAUCCUUCAUUCUCACCGCCCCAUUUCGAGUGAAAUCCAUCCAGCUGGAAAUUCGCACCAUUACCGGCACUCUUGAAACUUUGGUGAAGCAAAUCAGGCAAAAUGUUCUUCAACUGCCGGCUAGAAAUGAAGUGAAAUUGCCCGAAAAAAUCGCCCAAGAAGAAAUGAGUGUUAGGUAUAGGAGGAAUUUAACUGCCAACAAGUUUUGGAGGAGGAACAUGUCAAGGAAGGAACUUGAAGAAGGGGAAAAUUCCAAAAUUCUUCAAGGGCUCUACUCGAGUAAGCAGCCGAGGUCUUCGGAUCCUGACAAGAAAUUGGGGAGGCGAGUGGAUACGAAUUUUGUGGAGAAAAAUCGGAAUGCAGCAGCUAAUGCAAAAAAAGUCGAAUAUGAUGAAGACGAAAGUACCGACUACUACCAUCGGCCAAGAAGAUCGAGCCAAAGUUCAUCUUCCAAGUCUCGCAGAAGUUCGGUUCAAUCUAAUAUCAUCGAACGUCCAAAUAUUCAACCAAUCAAAAUUCCCGAAAAUGUUGCCGCUAUAAUGGAAGAAUUAGAUGAUGAAACUGUAAAGAAAGACAAUCAACAGGAAUCAAUUGCUCAAUGCAGUGCAAAUGAACCAGAAAAAGCAAAUUCUUCUCCAGAUCCGAAAUUCAAUAAAAGAAAAGUCAGCAUCUCAGAUAGCGAAAACAUCAGAAUUCACCUGAAACAAACCACUUGUCCAGCCUGCAUGGAAAGAUAUAAAAUUCCGCUCCCGCCACCAAAGACCCCCAGAGUGAAGCCUUCAUCAGUGAUUCCUUUGGCGCCAGGCGAGAAUCCGGAUCUGAAAACGAACAGCCAAAAUCGCAUUUCCAUGCUGAUCAACAAAGAACUGUUCAAGCUGCAGUCAUAUGAGAGAAGGUUUUCAUCGGAUGAAAGCUCAAAGCGAAACAGUUUGCGAAGAAAGGAAUUGGAAGCAUGUUCCUCUUCCUACCUAAACCUGUCUCCUUUAGAGUUGGCUAGAAUAGAGCAGGAAAUCAAGGAAAAGGAAACACAGAAAAAGUUGGAAAAGUUCUUGAAAAAGUAAAUUAAACGAUCGAUUGUUGAAGAACCCAACGCAAUAAAUUUGAGCAAGUCAAGUUUCA